AUGGAUAACAUAAGUGUUGAUGAAGUAGACGCGAAGCCUAAACGCCCAAUUCUACGACGCGAGGGUUCCACGACGACGGCUCCUCCUCCGCCUCCCUCACAGCCACCACCAGCUCCCCCGGCACCUACAGAUCCCACAGAUUCUCUGAGCCUUCCACAAUUGAGGCAACUAGUGGGACAAUUUCCCAAAGUCGAACAGACUCCCUACGCUUUUCAAUACCAGGAUGCCGAGGACUUUGAGCGCGAAAUUGACCAGUGGUUUCAUUACACCGAACUCGAACAGGAUCGGCAGUAUCUGCUAGCUUCUCUUGAGGCAUUCGAACAGAGGUGGAAGAUCUUUUGUGAAUCGGAGUCCAUUUCCGACGACUCAAAAUGGACCGGUGUUAGCCAAGAUCAACGACGGAAAUUCAUCUCGGGCCUGGUCAGUGGUCUGGACGAUGAAGAUUACAGUCUGCGCGACGAGGCUCUGUGCUGCAUCUACUAUGUCUUGAUGGGUACUUGGAGCACCACAUCCGGACUUGAGCCGAAAGAGGCCGUCACUGACGAAGAAGAUCUCCCACAUUCCGAAGAUGAUCGAUGCCAUGUCAUUCAGGUUCAGUGGAUGCACAACGGAGCGGAUUUAAUGGAGCAGUGCUCGGUUAUUCCUCAUCUUUAUGGUUGCCUAAUUCAUGCGUCAAAGGCACCAGACCUGAGCCAUUCUCCACAAGUCGCCGACGGUGAAGAGAUAACAGAGGGAGCCUUUGGCGAAAACGAGUACCGGGAGCUCAGUUUAUGCCUUUCUUGCUUCUAUAUUUUGAUCGAGUCCUCAAGGGUUCGAAUUGAGACUGCCGCUGGCCAGGCCUUACGACGUUCGCUCUCGGCCUUACAACCCAACCUACUAGUCUUUCUUGUCGGCAUGAUUUCACGUUUACGAUGGGAUGAACUUUACAAUAUACCCCUUAUGCAUGCAUUGCAAUUGUUCUGGAAGUCGAUCCUACUGUUGUUUGGGAACGUCUCGGGCCAUCUGGAAAAAGUCAAAAGCGUAUUGCAACCGCGCGUGGAUCCAUUCUCUGCAGAAGCCUCCCACCCUGUUCUUACGGCAUCUCCGUUGGAUUAUCACCUUUUUCGACAGGAGAUCACCUCCAAAUACCCGGCGUAUAACCCCCCGCCACCCAUAAUACCCUUGGAAAUUGAGCAGAAGACUAUGCUGCCUCCAUUGUCAAACCAGUCUCGGAGUGACAUUCCUGGGUCUAUAGGGGGUAGUGUGAGUGGCGCGGCAACUCGGGGCUCGAUUCUUCACCAACCCGUCCACAUCGCUACUCCGGCCCCUUCACCGCCCCCAUCACCAAUUGGUCCUGGUGGAAAGGCUGGUAAGAAACAGAACUAUCAGACCAACCAGAACUUCCCGUUCCUCUACCCACCACUAGAUAGUACCAGUGACAGUAUUGGUGGAAAAGGUUCGACGAGAGUUCAGGACAUGAUGGUGGGGAAGAAGUGGGAAGGCAGCGAUGUUCCUCUCUCUAUUAUCGAAGCGGGAGAGCUGUUCGCCAGUCGUAUGAGGAUGACACGAGCAAUGCGCCAGCUUUGGAGAGAGCGAGAUUUGUUCAUGAAGUAUGAAAGGGGGUGGAAAGGAGACAUCAAGGAUGAAGCGAAAGAAGAUGACGACGAAAGAAGCGAGGAAGAGAGGGAGCUCGAGAGCCUUGAGGAUCCUGACUUGCGUUCUCGUAUGUUUGCAGUGGACGAUUUCUUCCACCAUGCUCUGCCGGAUCUGCAAUCUUUGGUCAUUGUGAUGAUGAAAGUGAUGCUUACCAAUGUACAAGAUAUUGCUGUUCGCAAUGGUGGCACCCAAGAACCAACGCAAACUGGGGGUCUGAAUCGCACCAAGUCGAACUCUAACAUGGUCCAGAACCAGACGUUGCCCAUGCCGCCACCGCCGCCUCGUCCGAACGAAAUGACCCUGGAAGACUUGGAUAAUGUCCGCUCCCGAGAGAUCAGUCAACAAGCAGUCUCUGGCGCCUUGUUCCUUUUGUUGAAGUGGUUCAAGGUCUCUCACAUCCUGAAGUUCGAGUACAUGAACCAGCUCCUCCUGGACUCUAACUACGUGCAGCUCACUCUAAAAUACUUUGCGCAUCAGAAUCUGGAGGACCUCGUGGCUUUCAGGUACGACCGAGAUGAUCUGAGCGUGUGGCACUAUUGCCAUAUUCACUCAGACCAUCCACCCUUGUCCCCCACAAGCCCGGACGAACGAUCAGAAGCAUCGGAUGGGGAUGGGGACGAGGCCAUUCCGCCACCUAUUUCGCGGCACAGAAGGUCCCCGACAACGCGAUCCGAGGUCCAACCCACUAUCGACCAGAACAAUCCAUCACAACAGCCGCAACAAAAUCCCGAUGCCAACGCCCGUCCCUCAGUCGAUGAGCUUGGCAACCCGCUUGGUCCUCUUCCAACAAGCCCGAUCACCACCUAUUCGUUCCGGCAAUUCCAAACCUCCAUCCAUCUGCUUCGAGUCCUGCAGAAGCUGACACGCGGGAAGUCUCACCGCAUCUUAUUCCUUGUUCAGUUCAAGUCUUCACAAAUCCUGCGCCGGGUUCUACGUGUUCCGGACCCAACCCUCCGCCUAUAUGUGCUCAAGCUAUUCAAAUCACAAGUUCCCUAUUGUGGUCGAAAAUGGCGGCAAAGCAACAUGCGUGUCAUCACAGCAAUUUACUUGCACUGCAGGCCAGAACUUAGAGAUGACUGGUUGGCAGGAAUGCAUGACGCAAACGUGGAAGGGGAGGUCGACGAAGCAGUGCCGCUCGAAUGGGCGCUCCGAGGGCUGACCUUCUGGUGGCAGAAAAGGAGGUAUCCCGACGUCACAAGGAAAGGGAAGAAAGGCUCGGAGCCAAAGGUGGAGGGCGAUGUUGAGGAAAAUGAAGUUCGACUUGACGACAUUGAUGAUGACGAACGUGACUUCUUUCAACGAGAACUGGAUGCCAUUGGAUGGGGCCUGGCAGCGUUGCGUAUGGCCGAUGGGUCGGAAGAUGUUGUCUAUGGCGAAGAGGCCGCGGGCGUCCUCAACGAAGCCUAUGGCAUGGCUAACGGCGAAACCAAUCACGUCAAUCCUGGCAUGACAGGAUCGGGCGGCGCAGGACCAGCCACAGGCACACCACAGACUCCAAUACCUCAGCCGCAGUGGGUUGUUGCAGACGCAGCCGCACUGGACAAUUGGCAAAACAGUUAG